CCUAGAAGUUCCGUUCUUAUAGGCGAGCGAAGCGUCAGGUGAUCGUGAAACUGACGAUUGGAUCACCGCAUGGUUGAACUGUUGAACCAAGGGAUUACCGUACGCACAAGAGCAUGGCGGCUCCAUAGCGCGCAAUCGAUUUACUAAAGCCUGGAGUGACUCACGCUCCGUGGUCUAGCCAGCAGUCUUGCGCCUGCCGCCGUUUUGGAAGCAUGGCGGCUGACUUCACUGAUACCUAUAAAAUUUUAGUCAUUGGUGAUGUAAACGUUGGAAAAACGUGCUUAGUUCACAGGUUUUGCGAUGAGCGUUAUUACGACACAUACAUAUCAACAGUCGGAAUCGACUUCAAGCAGAAGAUAAUUAACUUAGACGGAGUCCCCGUAAGACUUCAAAUAUGGGACACGGCAGGAGAGGAGCGGUUUCGCACCUUGACGACGGCGUACUACAGAGGUGCUCAGGGUAUUGUCCUCGUGUAUGACGUCACCAACACUGAUUCGUUCGACCACCUCACUUACUGGCUCAGAAACAUCGAAGAGAAUGCUUCCCCUGAGGUGGUGAAGAUCCUUGCAGGCAACAAAUGCGAGGUUUUCCCUCACCACAAACUCGUGCAGAAAGACCGAGCUCAAAAGUUGGCGGAGUGCUACGGUAUGGAGUUCCACGAGGUGUCGUGUCGUAGCAAUAUCAACGUACAAGAGACCUUCAGAAACCUUGCCCGGGCUGUCAGAGAUCAACGGCUUGCACGGGGAAGCGAUGCUGACGAACGAACUGGCAACGUCGACUUGCAAGAACCUGCCCAGGCGAACUCCAAGUGCGCCUCUUGUUAACCGGUGACUCCCGUAGCUGCUGUUUAAGUGAUAAUCAUCCUCAUGUUGAGGUGAUGAUCAUCCUCAUGUUGAGGGGAUAAUCACCCCCAUGAUGCGAGAAUAUCAUCCUCUUUUUGUGGAGAUUUAGGUGGUAAUCGUCCUUCUGUUCCUGUGGUGUUAAUCAUCCCUCUGUUGUGUUGCUGAUCCUCUUCCUGUUAUAUUGAUGAUCGCUCAGCUGUUUUGAUAAUUACUGAAAAAUGCCCUGCAAGAAAUUAUACCGUCGAAUUAUCAGUAAUAAAUUCGUCAUUCUACGUGUACUAAUACAGUGCUUGCCGAUCGCGAACGUAACUAUUCGGUGAUUCUACCGUCUGAUUGACAUAUAGGCAAGUUAUUGCGUAUAAUUUAUGAAUAUUGACUGCAUAUGAAUAUAUGCAGUCAAUUUUUAAUUUAAGAUAUUGAUACUUGAAUUUUAAGACAG